AUGCCCGAAAUCAAAUGGAGUGAACGUGUUGAAGUGAAAGGGAAAGUAAAAUUACAUGAAUUUGAAACAUACAUUAGAGAUCUUCCAAACUCACCUAACAGAAGAUUGAUGGUUGUGUCCCUAUAUUGGAAAGAAGAAUCUUCAAAAGAAAAAUUGGAAGGAAUAAAAAAGGUUGGAAGAAAGUAUGUAAUGGAAGGAAGGGUAGGGCUUGCAAAAGUUAGAAGUGGUGUUGAUCUAUAUGUGUGUCCAUGUAGUUACACAAUACUCAACCUACUUGCAAAACAUGGAUUCUAUCACUCUAAUGAUAACAAAACCAACAAUAAUUACCUCGUUGGCUGUCUUGUUUGGAAAAGAAACCAAAUUAAUCUUCCUCCAACUCAACAGUGGUCUCCCAUUCGCCAGCCGUGUAAAUCAUCAGUACAAAAGUAUCCAUUUCCUAUGUACAGUGACUUAGUAAAAUGCUCAGAAGAAGACACAAAGCAAUCUUCACCUAUUGAAGUGUCACACAAGAGAAUGAUGGAACAAGAUAUGGAUAUAUCCCCUCAGAAAAAACCUUGCUACAGAGAUGAUAAGGAGAAACCGAAUUUCAUAGCACCCUCACCGGCUGCUAAAAUCCUACCACCAAUUUUGAUCCCAAAAAAUGACUUUACCUAUCUUGGUCCUAGUUUAAUGAGGGAGAAAACACAUUACCAUGCAUAUAUCAAUCUAAAACCGGAUUUUACAUAUCUUGGUCCUGAAAGGAAUGCUGCAAAUCAACCAUAA